UCAGAGCUCGCGCUCUUAACCAACUGAGCCACUUGGCCGGCCCGAAAGUCAACAUCUUAAAUAAAAAGGUUUGUGUAGUCACCUUUAAUUCUCUGGUACCUAGUACUUAGUGUAGGCAUCAAUAAACAUUUACAGAAUUCGCUGAGUGGAGCCUACCAAGACUCUCCACCCCAAUCCUUCUUACAUGUAACUGCUAGAUUCAUAUCUGUGACACUCCCUUGCUCAAGAUCUUCAAUGGCUUUCAUCAUCUGCAGAGUAAAGUCUGAACUCCUUAGCUGAGUAUUUGGUGCUCUACUAUCUGACUUCAAUUUUGCCUUUCCAACUUUAUUUUCUACUUGUUAGUCAAACUGAUCUGUUCACUACUCCCCAGGGCGCCCCCUUUUUCUACAUCAAUGUCUUGAUUCAUAUUGUUUAAUUUUCCUGAAAAGCACUCCUGUUCUGUCCUAAUACAUCUCCCCAGAACCCUCCUCAAAUGCCACCUCUUUCACAAAGCCUUCUCUGAUUAUCCCGGCUGGAAGUAACCUCUCCCUGCUUUGAAGUCUCAGAGCAUGGUAACUGUGCUACUUCUCACAUUUUAACUUUACAGAGGUAAUUAAUUGGCAUGUAUUUUUUUUCCUGUUUACCCCAGCCUCUUAAAAGGCAGGUCUAAGAUGAUUCAUCUUUGCAUGCUGUACUUGUAAGUAGCGUUAGGCAACGCAUAAGUUCUGGAAUGGCUGAGUGAAUUAAUAUGUGAGUAAAUAGACUUCCUGGAAUAGCACUGCUUUCCAUGGGCUGGUUUGGAGGGUAAUGGGUAUUUGAGGAUGUGAUACAUAGCCAUAGUAAGACACUGGGAAAGGGGGUACUCCCUGCCCCAGUGCCCCUACAGAUACCUUUAGCCCAAUUAUACCGAGUCCAUUCAGAACAGAUUUACUGAUGUCUGGCAUGUUCUAGGCUCAGUGCUUGUCUCGGAGAAUACAAAAGAUAUCAUGCACCCUCACCUUAGACACCCUUCAGAUAGAUAGCAAGGUGUUCCAGGGCUCUCUCUGGCCCUUGGUAUUGGGAAUGUAGGUCCCAAGUUAUAUCCCCAAAUGGGGAAUUGCUUGCUACUGUGCUGAAAUCUCCCAGAUUUAGACCUACCUUGGUUUUGCUUUGCUUGGAUAACUUAGGCUCUGGGUGGUUUGACUAAUCCAUUCCCAUAGUUUAGCUUAUUGUUUAAAAAUUUCAUUCUAGUUACAUUUUAAACUUGCUUUGUGUUUAAUUUUUAACUUUGUUAAAGGCAGCUUUUCUGUGGAGCUCAGAAGAAUUUGCAGUGGGUGCUUUUACGUUUCACUGUUUUCAGACUUUAGUGGAACUUUCUAGUCACCUAUUUGGUUCCUUUAUAUUCUACAUUUGGGAAAUAUUGUGUCAUUUUUACUCAAGUCAUACAAUACUGAUACUUGUUUAGGGAGGACAUAGAAAGACGUAAAUAACACUAAGGUGUCACCAUGGAACUGUGCAUAUAAGAAAAACAAGUCCACUCAUUUUGAAAUGUUUCAAUACCUUCAGAACCAUCCUUUAUAACACCUGCCCUCUUUAUUCUGGUACACCUUUAUAUUCCAGCCAUACUGAACUCUUAACCCUCCGUCGUGCACAACUGAUCUCACAGAUUCAUUGCACACAAAUUUUCAAAUAUCUAACAGUCAAGUAUCGUGACUCAUUGCUUCCCCCUCUAUGGUAACCUAUUGCCAGUCAUGUUUGUGACUUAGUACAGUAAAGACGUAUUUCAUAGCGGCAUCUUUGUGUGCAAUGAGUCUGUGAGAUCAGUUGCGCCCUACAGAGUUAAUACUUGAAGGUCUCAGAAGUCUUUGUGUCACUUUACCAGGUUAAUUUCUACCUCUGCUUCAGGACCCAGUUUAGGCCUCUCAUCCCUUAAGCCUACCACUCCCUUUCCACCUCCCUCCUUCUCCUGAGAUAAGUUACUUGCCCUUUAUAUCCAUUUCGGUCACACCCUGCACUUAUUUCUCUCAGAGAACUUACCACAGUACAUUAUAGCUGCUGGUUUACUUGUCUGUUUCUUCUAGUAAGCUGAAGCCUCCCCAAGAAAUGGGCCUAUAUCUGAUUCCUCUUUCGUAUCUAGAAGUUAGCACAGCAUCUGUUAUAUAUUAGACACUCAGUAAAUGCUUAUUAAUUAGACAAUUCAAUGCCUGGCUUUCUAACUUCAUUUCAAGGAUGGAAGCUAUUAAGGAGUAUUAAUAACUUUUCCACUAUUGGGAUAAUGUUAUAAAAACAUGAAUUGGUAGGGAAUUAAUAACAUUAUAUAGUUGUAUAUAGUUAUAUAUAAUUGUAAACAUAACAUUAAGUAAUAUAAAACAUUAAUUGUAAACAUAACAUUAAGUAAUGUAGAACAUUAAUUAGGUAAUUAAUCUCCUGUGUAAAACCAACACAGAAUUCACUUCCUAAGCAACUUCUGCCCUAUAAGCAAUAAUCUACUAGUUGGCACUUAACUAUCUUACAAGUACAUGAACCGGACAAUCAUGUGUACCCAGAAAGAAGGUGGAUAAGGGAGGAGUGAAGGAUAAAGAAGGGAGUGAGUUAGCAAAAUGCUACAGUUGCAAACUAGCACAAAGGUGAAUGUGGUUCAUGAGGCUAGCUUGAUUCAGAAGAGCUGAAAUAGGAGCAAAGAGCAAAAGGCAACCACCAGUGAAAGCCAGGAUUCACAGGGAACCGGCAGACGAGCAGUUAUUUAGAUUGAUCUGCAUGACCAGCUAUUUGCUGUAAGAUAAGAAUUGGCCAAAGGGAGUGAUUUAAAUUAUGUCACCUGUGAGGAGGGACACAUUUUGAUAAAAAGAAACCCUAGGAGAUCAACAAACUUGAGAAUGAUUGAGAAUCCUCAAUGUACUCCAAAUAGACUGAGUGUUCUGGUAGAGAUAAGGAGAGAUAAGUGAGCCUCUACAGGUGUUUGAGCUGCACUGCUUUGCAACAAAAGCCUAGACUCACCACAUCUUGGGAAGAGAAUGGCCACUUCAUGGGGGGCAGCCUUUUUCAUGCUGGUGGCACCCUGUGUUUGCAGCACUGUCUUCCACAGAGAUCAACAGACUUGGUUUGAGGGUGUCUUCCUGUCUUCCAUGUGCCCCAUCAAUGUCAGUGCCAGCACCUUGUAUGGAAUUAUGUUCGAUGCAGGGAGCACUGGAACACGAAUUCAUGUUUACACCUUUGUGCAGAAAAGACCAGGGGAGCUUCCAGUUCUGGAAGGGGAAAUUUUUGAUAGUGUGAAGCCAGGACUUUCUGCUUUUGCAGAUCAACCUAAGCGGGGUGCUGAGACUGUUCAAGGACUCUUAGAGGUGGCCAAAGACUCAAUCCCCCGAAGUCACUGGAAAAGGACCCCAGUGGUCUUGAAGGCAACGGCAGGACUGCGCUUACUGCCAGAUCAGAAAGCCCAGGCUCUGCUCUUUGAGGUAAAAGAGAUCUUCAAGAAGUCACCUUUCCUGGUACCAAACGACAGUGUUAGCAUCAUGGACGGAUCAUAUGAAGGCAUUUUAGCUUGGAUUACUGUGAAUUUUCUGACAGGUCAGCUGCAUAGCCACAGCCAGGAGACUGUGGGGACCCUGGAUCUGGGGGGGGCCUCCACCCAAAUCACAUUCCUGCCCCAGUUUCAGAAAACCCUGGAACAAACCCCUAGGGGCUACCUCACUUCCUUUGAGAUGUUUAACAGCACUUAUAAGCUCUAUACACAUAGUUACCUGGGAUUUGGAUUGAAAGCUGCAAGACUAGCAACCCUGGGAGCCCUGGAAACGGAAGGGAUUGAUGGAUACACUUUUCGCAGUGCCUGUCUACCAAGGUGGUUAGAAGCAGAGUGGAUUUUUGGGGGUGUGAAAUACCAGUAUGGUGGCAACCAAGAAGGGGAGGCGGGCUUUGAGCCCUGCUAUGCUGAAGUGCUGAGGGUGGUCCGAGGAAAACUGCACCAGCCAGAGGAGAUCCACAGAAGCUCCUUCUACGCUUUCUCUUACUAUUAUGAUCGAGCUGUUGACACAGACAUGAUUGAUUAUGAAAAGGGAGGUGUUUUAAAAGUUGAAGAUUUUGAAAGAAAAGCAAGGGAAGUGUGUGACAACUUGGACAACUUCACCUCAGGCAGUCCCUUCCUGUGCAUGGAUCUCAGUUACAUCACAGCCUUGCUGAGGGAUGGCUUUGGCUUUGCAGACAGCACCGUCUUACAGCUCACAAAGAAAGUGAACAACAUAGAGACAGGCUGGGCCUUGGGGGCCACCUUUCACCUGCUGCAGUCUCUGGGCAUCUCCCAGUGAGGCCAGGCCCUUCCUCUGAAGCCUGCAUUUGCCAACAACCUUUUUAAAGAGAGAAGGAGAGAAGACUCCAUCAUGUUCUGAGGUAGUCUGGGAACUGCCUGGAUUGAAACCCAGCAGUUGGCUUCAUCAGGAGGAAGGGGCUUUUAUGGACAGCUCUUGCCAUUAAGUCUGGUGAUUCCUUUUACACAUCUGAUAUGAACUGUCACCUAACCAUUCUAUUCGCACAGCUGGUACCAGAGUCUAAAUCUUUGAGAUUGCUUGUGUGUCACAGAGAGCCAAAAGGAACAGCUUUGGAACUUAACCUUGGAGAACCCAGGGACAGGUCCCUGGGAACCAAAGAAAAAUUUCAUUUCAACCCUUUGAGUGCCUCAUUCCUUUGAACAUUUUAAUCUUCCUCUUACUUGCUAACCUCAGCUGAUUCCAAUCCCAUGACCUGUCAACACCAGUCUUUUUUCCUCCCCACACAUGGCUCUGUCCCUUAUUUCUACCGCUCCCCCUUACUCCCCAGCAAAGAAAGAGAAAACUACUUAGUUUUGCUUUUCAUGUAUAAUUCGAGGGAGGGAAAAAAGGUACUGUAUCUGAAGUUGUGUGAUCCUGCUUUGUGCUGGCUCCAGUCAGCCAGCUAAGAGCCACCUAAGUCUUAGCAGGAUGGAGAGCAACUCUGACCUGCGCAGAUCGCGCCUUAAGGAAGGCCAUCCAGUCUCUAAGGACAUGUUUUGGGAUGGAGUGGCUGCCUUGUACAGACCACCUUCUUUUAAUCAACUUUUAUAAGUCAACUGGGAUUAAUGAACAUGUCCAACCUCAUAGGAAUGUGUGUGUUUUCAGUGCCAGUACCUCCUUCCUAGCUAAUGUGUUUAUAAUCAUUUGUGAUCCUAAACUUAUUUUCUGUGUAUUUCUAAGAAAUACAUCUGUACCCUCGCUUUUGGUCUGUGGUGGGAGGCCUGUGGCUGUGCUAUUUAAGGAUCUAGAUUUUGGUCACAGCUGUUCAGUUUGCCCUUUUAGUCUCUCUGUUUUUAGCAGUCUCUCUCCUAUCCUGGCCCCUGAUCAUUUUAGCUAACAUUCUCUAAGUUAUUUAUCUAGCUCCACAGUUUCUGACACCCUUCUGAUAACCUAACAUUUGAUUUGGUUGGCCAUUUUAGCCCACAACAGUACUGUGAAUUCUUUCCCCUAAAAUUCAUUAUCUUCUUGUACUUUCCCCCAUCACCAUCAUCAGCUUCUUGUCUACCCACUCCAGUCCUCUUGAACUUGAAAGAUCUUCCUGUUGACUGGCUCAUUUGCCUUGGCUCUUUGCCUCCAGCUUCUUUCCAGCAGUUUGUACCUCCCAAACUUGGAGCUUUCAGUCGACUUCCAGCGCUCUCACAAAAGACGUUAAGUACCUGGCCCUCAUGCCAAUUCCUAGGGAACCUUAUUUUUUAGUUAUUCUACUGAGUCAAUAACUAUUGAACAUCUGAUGUGCAAGCAAGUGGGCAAAUUUCUAUAUACUUAUCCCCCAAAUUUUAAUUGUUUUAAUUCAAUGUGAAAUUUCUUCCGAUUCUUCACACUGGCUGUUAUUAUACUGAGGUCACCUUACACCUAUUGUCUUCCUCAAAAAAUGCUAAUACAUAGUGAACUAGUAGAAUCUUUAGAGUUGGAAAGAGUCCAAAUAUAUAAUCCAAUCUUCUAACUACUGCAGAAUUCCCUUAACAUUUUUAACUGGUUAUCAUUCAGCUUCGGUUAGGCAUGUUUCAGACCACUAUUUCCAUCUGAGACUGCACUGAUUUAAAAAAUCUAUAUGUUCAGCUGAAAUCUAUCUUCUCUGUAGUCUUCUGCUCUAAUCCCUCCUUCCGCAGCCUUUGUCUUUUGAAGAAAAUUCCUCCUUAGUUCUUUGUGGUCUCUUUAACAUACCACAUGGCAUCUAGAUACUUUCCCAUUCUCAUCACAAAGGUAGGGUGCUAGAACCAGUCAUCCACUAAAUGCUGUUCCACAUGAUUAGGGAGAGACCAUCCUCCAGGUUGACGGGUCCAGAGAGGUGCGAUUCCCUGGUGUUUGUCAGAGCUUGUCUCUGAAGCUUUUCUUCUUAUAAACGGGGGCAGUGUUCAGACUUCUUUGGUCAUCCCAGAUACCUCCAGAACUCUUUGGUAGCUGCAUUAACUUAAAAAAUGUGUCUACAUAUAUUCUGAUAAUCUUGAUUAGAACAUCUGGAGAAUUAACCAGUUUAUCCAUUUUAGGAGCAAUUUGGAAUGAGAAUUUUUAUUUCUUAGAAAAAAAUGACUUGUCUGUAAUGACCUUUUCUUCCCCUUAGUGUACCUUUUGGGCCUUAUUAAGGAAUCCUAUCCAGUCUACUAUUGCUGGUUAAGUUUCUUUUCUAUAAAUGUGUUCUAUAUUUCAAAUACUUAAGGACAUGGCCUGGCACACAGUGGAUAUUGUGUGUUAUCAUCAUCAUCAUCAUCAUACAAAGAACAUCCUACGUGGAUUGUCAAGGUCCUUGCAAGGUGUGCCUUAAUUUCCUAUCUUGUCUGAUUUUUUUUGCAUCGUUUUGGAGAGCCCAUAUUCUCACCUGGGCUCCCUUUCCACUUUUUGUGAAAGAUGACCUUUUCUCCCUACAGUGACCUUUCUAGACUCUGCUAGUAGUCACACAGCUUUCCACAGUGGUUGCCAUCUUUCCUUCUGGGCACGUUUUCCCUGAGAUUCCAGAAACCUUUGUGAUGUCAUUUUUUACUCUAGUAGUAUCUUAUGAAUUUUGCCUGAAAAGCUCCCCUGUAAUAACAUUUCUCAUUCCUUCAAAAGCUGUUCCCAAGAAUAGCUUAGCUUGGUUCAAAAGCAGACUGUUUCUUCUCAUUUCAUCUUCAAAUCAAGAUUUUUGGGUGUAUGUUCUUUAUAGUAUACAAAUCUAAUGGAUCCAAAAAUCUCUUCAAGAGGCAUCUGUGGGAUGUGAGAUGAGCUCUUCAGAAACCCACAGCAACUCCCCAUGCAAUCAGCCACCAGUCUGCAACCAAAUAUGAAAAAAUUCUGCUGCUAAUCAGCUUUUCCCAUUUGACCUGGUUCCUGAAGUCUAGAAACCUGUGCAAUGAAAUUAUUUAUUGUUUUAUUACUGAAUAGACAUUGGUGUCCCAGAGACAGGCCAUAAACAAAAUGGAGAUCCUGGUGCUGUGAUACGGAAGUAAUAACUAGCAUUAAUAACAUUUGGUUUUCUUUUCAGAAAGUCCAGUGCACCUAUAACAAAGGUUAAACAAUUUGUUUAAUUUGCAUUCUAAUGUUAAAAUUACUGUUUUAAAAUUAAUAAAAAUGCAUCAAUUAAA